AUUAAAUGUAAAUGUUUCUGUAAAUAAUAGUAAUAGCUUGAAUUAACAUGGUGCAUUGAUGAAACUACUAAUAUCUAUAUGUGUGGGAGUGUUCCCCUGUUGAUGAAUGUGGUCUGCAAAUUGUAUAAGAAAACUGAACGUUGAAGUUGUUCCUUGAGGUUUCAGUCAUGUUUGUUUCCAAGACUGGCAUCAAGGUGGAUGACAUACCCAUCUUGACAAAGCAUGAUAUAAGAAGCAAAGUUUGGGGAUACAUUGAAGAACAUGACUUGGCGAAUUUCCCUCGUCCAGUUGACCACCGUAUCCCUAAUUUCAAGGGUGCAGGUGAGGCAGGGCAGCGUGUUCGUGACCUGCAGUGCUUCACGGCCGCCAAGACAGUCAAAGUCAAUCCAGACAAACCUCAGGAGGAAGUGAGGUUUUUUGUCUUAGAGGCUGGUAAAACACUGCUGAUGCCCACACCACGCCUCCGCAGUGGACUCUUUAACCGUAUCGAUGGCAAUCCAUCAGAAAAUAAGGAGACCUUAAGAACCAUGGCAAGCACAGAGGGAAUGAAGAAGUAUUCAAAACCUGUUGAUCUUGAGGCUAACAUUAAGGUUGAUCUCAUUGUAAUUGGUUCUGUGGCAGUCUCACGCACAGGUCGAAGAAUCGGUAAAGGUGAAGGAUUUGCUGACCUUGAAUAUGGAAUGAUGAAAGCCAUGAAGGCAGUUGAUGACAGCACUCUUGUUGUUACCACAGUGCAUGACUGCCAGCUGUUUGAUACCCUGCCCGACCGGCUCUUCGGCCCACAUGAUGUGCCAGUGGACUUCAUUGUAACCCCAACAGAAGUGUUCCAGGUUUCACAUCGUUUGCCUAAGCCAGAGGGAAUCUACUGGCACCUUUUGUCUCCAGAAAAGUUAAAACAGGUCCCAAUAUUGAAAACACUUCGGGAGAAGGAGAAAGAAGCUGGAAAGGAUGUGACUCUCGCAGAACUAACUGAGGAACAGAAGGCAGCCAAUAGUCGUGGUCGUGGUGGGGGUCAAGGAACCAGAGGCCGAGGCAGAGGCCGAGGCAGAGGAGGUGGCCGAGGAGGCGGCAGGACUUUGUCAGAGGGAGAAGACAAUAAAGGGCAGAAGAACAUUCAAGAUGGAUCUGUUACAAUCAAUGUCAGCAAGAAGAACCGAAUAGUAAAGAGAACGGUGGAAGCAACAAAUGAGCAGGACCGCCUCGGCUCAGCUGACCUGGACAAUGAGAUCCAGGGUGGCAAGGGUCUCAAGACUAGAAAGCCUCGGAAUCCAUUCACAUAUGCAGUGUUCCUUGGUAAAGUUCCUCCAGCCUGUAGAGUGCGUGAGCUCAAGGAAGCCCUGCAAGGUCGAGAUGUCAGGCCCAUUGACAUCACUUGGCGUGGGAGGAAUGGAUUUGCCUUCUUGCGCUUCACAGGCCCAGUAGAAGAAUGUGAUGAUGUCCUUGCAAAGCUGGAUGGCCUCACACUACAAGAGCAGCCUUUGCUGAUCCAGCGUGCCAAGGAUAAGAUGGUGAUGAAGGACAACGAAAAUGCAGGAACGAAGGAAAUCAUUGAGGGGGAAGGUCAGAACCGUAAACGUCAACAGCCUAAGAAGCCACGUAUUGUGUACACCUAUGGCAUUUUCCUUGGCAAGGUUCCUUCAACUUGCAGAGUGCGUGAGCUCAAGGAUGCUCUCCAGAACCGAAAUGUUCAGCCAAUGGACAUCACAUGGCGAGGCAGAAGCGGAUUUGCCUUUCUGCGUUUCACUGGCCCUGUUGAAGAGUGUGAUGACAUUCUUACAAAACUGGAAGGCCUCACCCUCCAAGAGCAGCCUGUUCUGGUGGAGAAGGCAAAGGACAAGGGUGAUGAGCAGCACCUCUCUGAGCCGCAGCAGCAGGAGCACCAGGAGUUGGAGGAAAAGCAGGAGGUACCAAAUGUAGCAGUUGUAGAGGGAGAAGCUAGGUGAAGCCCCUGUGUUUCUUAAAGAAUGGGGUAGGGCAUUAACGUUCUUAUUUUUUCUCUUGCUCAUUUGUUUUGAAAUAUCCUGUUCUCUGUUGAUUUGGAUUUUUUUCUGUCUUUCCUAAUUAAUGCUUCUCUACAUCUUGGACUAGUUAGUCUAUUGCAUUUCAUGAAGAAUAAUAUAUGCCAUAGUAUCACAUACUAUAAGGACCAUUAUCAUGGAGUUUUAUGUUUACUUACUUCUAUGCUGAGUAUCAGCUGGCACGACACCAGUGAGUAAGAAAAAUAUUAAUUAGUCAGCAAGAGUAACAUGUGGUAUGUAGCUCAUCCUUAGUCACUAUAGUCUUAACUAUAAAGAGAAAAUAAACAAUUUUUAUUUUGUCUUUUUGAUAAAAGUGAUUUCUAUUUAUAGGAAGUAGUACAUAUUUAUGAAUUUUAUUAUUUUUUAGGCUAAUUAUCUAAGCCAAGAAUUAGUUUAGUGAUUUUUGUAAAUCUUCAUAGACAGGUAACUUGAUCAGGAAACACUGGCAGUUCUGAGCUUAACAUUUCAUCAAAUUUUGUUGCUUUUCUUCAACAGAGGUUGAAGAUGUAAAGUGUCAUGAAGAAAAUUAUAAUUUAUAUUUGUUUAUUUUUGUAUGUGAUCACCUGACCAUAUACUCUUAUAUUCUCUAUCAUUGCUUUAAGGGCAAUGAAAUUAUCCAGAUAAGAGAUGCAGAUAUAUGAUUAUGUGGAUUUACGAAAAACUUGGAUCAGUGUUAGAAAUGGAAAGAUUGCAGUUCAUGUCUUUCACACACAGGAUAUGAACCAAUUCCUUUAAGGAAUUUGUGAGAACUAGUCAUGUUUGUGCAUUUUAUUGUUCAAGAUUACACCAGUUUCAUGUAUUCAAGUGAUUUAAUUGGAAUCGCUUAAAAAGAACAUGUAAGAACAGGGUUUUGAUCUAUUUCGGUGUUGCAUAUGCUCUCUUUUGAAGUCAAAUAGCCAGUAAAUGUGUUUCUUUGCAAGGUCUUUCCAUUAUACAACUGAUGUCAUUGAUGCAGGUUAAUUCUUUUUUUUUGUUGUUGUUGUUGUUUUGAAAGUGACAAACAAUAUGGCUGGAUAAUCUUUGGUCGUGUAAGGUGGUCACACUGUGUUGAGAAUUUUGUUAGCUUAAAGAUUAAAUUUUAUAUAUCAAGCAUUGUUGUUAAUUGAUUAGAGGUGAUACAAUAGAGUGCCUGAGUAAACUACUCUCGUAACAGUGGUAUGCAAAUACCAUUUUGUCUACAGAUGAUUGUAGCUUUUAUAACAUAAGGAAUUUGGAAUUUCAUUUAUUUUACAUCAACCAAUGUUGUGAGGGAAAAAAAUCAAUGUAAUAUAAUUUUUGUUAAUAAAAGUAGCCUAGCAUCACUUUGAAAGAUGUUUCAAACAUCUUAUAGUUUCUGUUGAUUAUUAUGAUUUUUAUCUUUGUUAUUUUUUGUUGUUGCCACUUUGUAAACCAGGUGUGAAGAACAGCUCUGUAGAACCAGGUUGUUAGUGUAUAUAAAGCUGGUUUUUCUUUUCAUCUUCCACUAGCAAGGGACAGUGCCUAACUCCUCUUCUUAUUUUUCUUGGUAGUUACUUGCUGUGUGUUAGAAUAUCUUUAUGACUUUUUACUUCAGUUUGAAUAGUAAUUCAUUCAAUAUCAAGAUGUUAAAACCCCUGUUUGUUCAUCAGAACCCUAGACUUCUAAUUAGGACCUGAUGCCAAUAUUUAGCUGACCUGCAUAGCUUAUUCGGUCAGUAGCUCCAUAGUAUAAGCAAGAGUCCAAUGUUCUGAUAUACAAACAUGCAUCUGUGAGUAUGUUCCUAAAAGUCUAAGAUAGUCACAGGGAAAAUGCUUUGGUUUCAUAGAUUAGUAUAAAUUCAUGAAGAAUUUUGUAUUUAAUGUUCAGUAUUGGAUGUGGAUACACAUUUUUAAUUUUUUUAUUUAUUUAUUUUUUAUUUUUAAAAAUUUUAGUCAUGUUUCGAAUGCUGCUAUGGAAUAGACGUAAUAAUAAAGUAGGAUUUACUCUAGUCUAAGGGAAGGAUGCUGGAGGCAUUGGUUGUUCCAAUAGGGGAGAGUUCAGAAAUAUUGUCAUUAAUAUGAUUUGUUUAAAGCUUAUUUCUUCUUUUUUCCCUUUCUUUUUCAUUUUUUUGGGAUUAGUGUCUUUAGUAAUAUUUGAGGUGCUGUUUUGAUGAAAAAAAAACAACACUUUGCUUACGCUUCUUGGAAUUUUGGCAUAUUACUGAUAUGAUUGUGCUUUCCAUAUAUUUGGUGAUCGAGUCUGUUUAGCAUAGUUAUAGAUGAGUGUUGAAUGUGACUUUUAUUGUUUGAAUGUUUUCUAUAUUUUAAUUGUUUUUGUCAUCAGGCAGUUUUUGUAGUAUGUGACUGUUUUCCUCCUUUUAUUGUUUAAUUUUUAUUUAUUUAUUUUUUUCCAAAAGAUUUGCAUAUAUAUGUGAAAAUUGAAUUCAUAUGAAAUCAAAAGCAAACAAUUUGGCAAGGAUAAUAAAGCAGAGGUAAUGAGGGUUAUACUUAGAUAUGUGCUGAUUAACCUGCAACAGUUAAGGAUGGAAGAUUGAGGAAAAGUUGUUUGGCAAAGGGCCUCAGAGGGUGUGCUAUAUGAGGUAAUCUGUCACAGUUGUACUUUUUUUGCGUGUGUCUUGUGUGUGUGUGUGUAUGUGUUUAAGUUUCAUGUUUCAAGUUUUUGUGCAUGUGUUUUAUAUGGGAGUUUGUGUACUUUAAGUUUGCAUGUAUAGGAGUGCACAUGUAUGGAAGUGGCAACAUUUGUGCAUGAAAGAUUGAAGUGUGUAUGUUUUGCAUUUGCAUAAGUGUGAGAAUGUUAGUGCAUGUGUAUAUGUUCGAGUGUAGUCAGAAUGUGUAUGCAAACAAAAGAGAGGGGGCAUAGGUUUGUGCAUUAGUUUCGUAGCCUAAGUUUGUGAGUGCUCAUGUGCUUUUGUACUGUAUGUGUGGUAUAAUAUUGUAACAUCCGAAUAUGCAAUACUGAACUCUCCUCAAGCUUUGCAUGCUUGUUUUGAAUCCAAUAAGAUCUUUUGGAAUAGUAUUAUAAUUUUUUUUUCUUUGUUUGUUUCUUUCUUUUAAAUGAAUAAUUUUCAAAGAUCAUUGAUAUUGUUUCCCUCUCAUCUCUUUUUAGCAUUUUAAAUUAACACAGAUGCUUAGGUAUUGAACCAGCUGGUCUUGAUAUUAGGUAUUCUUCAAAGAUUUGGAUUGCACAUUCAGACAAAAAAGAAUCUUUUUGUAGUGUAGAGGGGUUAGUUUGAUAAUGAUUUUAUUGUUAUUACACUUGCUAUUUAUGGAAGAGACCAGGAUGUAUGGGUAAUAAUGAUGAUAAUGAAAAGUUAAAUAUAUAUUAUGGUUUAGGAAAUGGUACAUUAUGGCAUGUAAAAUACACACAGUUAAUCUUGUUUUAUAUAGUUUUUUCUCCAAUGCAUUUUAAAUGGUUAAGGAGGAGUACAUCCCUGCAAGUAAAAUUUGAGUCUUUACUCCAUUAACUUUGUAUAAUUGUUUGAAUGAAUGGACUGUUCACUGUUCCUAAAUUCAGUUUUAGCAUAUAUACAUUUGCUGUACAUGUCAUGGAAGGGCCUUUACAUUUCAUUUUGAGUUAACCGGGAAGGAACAUGUUUUGUACUUUCAUGGAUUAUACUCGUUUCGUUUUUGUCGUCACUGGACCAUUCUUUACAUUUUCUGUAAUGUACAAGAAAGUAUUGUGUUCUCUUUUCAUAGUGCAGUAAUUAUGCAUGAAGUAUUAGGUGGAAGUGAACAAUAUGACAACUGAUCCUUCCUAUGGUGUGAUACUUCUGUAGCGAGCAGCUGGUUUACAAUACGUUACAUAGCUUGCAUAAUACAGUUUUUGUGAGCUCUAUUUUACUAUGUGAAAUCAGUAUUGUACUUAAAAUUCAGCUUUGUAAUAUAUAGGACCCUUAAACAAUGGGUUUGAGUA